UAUCAUGAGGACAGCUAAUGUACUUUAUGUUUUUCAGAAAUGAAAAUUCAAUUAAGAGCAAGAAUGAGGAAAUUGUAAAAUUAAAACAAGAAUUGCAAAAGGAACUAGAACAUUGGAGCCAUGAAAAGAUGCAGCUGGAGGGAGAGAUUGCAAUUGCGCAGCAAACUGAAAAUGAAAAUGUAAGGAAGGCAAUCAGUCAGGAGAGUCUUUUGCUCGAAAUGCGCAGGGAUUUCUUACUCAGGAACCUAGAGGAUGCCUUGCUGGAGGCAGAACACCAGCUGAGUAUGCUUGCAGAUGAGAUGAGGAGACAGUUCGCUGACCCAUCACAGAUUCGGGCUGCUAUAAACAAGUGGGAAAAUGUUGCUGCUGAUCUCAGAAACAAAAUUGAAUACACAAAGAUAAACUUCAAUAGCCACAUCUAUCUGAUCAAAAAUGGAGCCAAACUGAGUAAUCUGCCUACGCUCAGCAAUCCUGAACCACCUACCUCACUUGCUUUGCAUGUACUGAAAUCUCAAAGGAAAGCAAGCUCUCAGUAUUUACCAGAGUCUCAGCCUUCUCUACAAUUGCAUGAUGUAACCACAACCGCUACCGCAGCCACUGCACCAUCCAGUAUCUUACAAGGUUAUAGAAACAGGUCAGAAUUAAGCGGUUUAAUUGAUCAAGGGCAAACUGAACAGAAAAUGUGGACAAGUCUUGAAAAUCACAAGGCCUGUAAGCAGUUGAUGCAGCAGCAGAGUUUUGAGGAAGACCCUUGCGUCAUUUGCCAUGAGGAAUUAGUUCCCCCGAAGGAUUGCUAUGAACUGGAAUGCAAACAUAUUUUCCACAAAAAGUGUAUUGAUUACUGGCUGAAGGAACAAAGCACAUGCCCUAUUUGCAGGAUUCUUGUGCUAAAGCCAGAAGACUAUCCACAGCUUUCCAAAAAAUAAGAUCCUUUCUUAAAGUAACAUUAGACAAAUUGGACUUUUAAGCAAGAAAAUAGAAAUUAGAUUGUGGCAUUACCUGUAUUUGAAAUGAACAAAGAGAAUAAAGUUAUUUAAAUACUCAUUUCACAGAACUUCAUGGUUUGAAAUAUUUUGGUAUUCUCUUUUCACAACAUUCACUUUGACUGCAGCCAGUCCUGAUUAACUUCAUUAUUCUUUAAAGUUUUGAUGUCUGUAUAUAUUGUUUCAUGUAGUUGCUGCAGAGAUGGUUUUACUUUGUUUCUAAUACCAGUGUUAUGGCUUUGGAAUCAGGA